AUAAAGUCUCACUUUACAUGUCCUCUUGCUAAUUUAUAUAACAGUGGAGCGGCCGUAUGGGUAUGUGGGAGGAUACCUACAACCAAGCUCUCGACCGAGGCUCAUUGUUGGAGGGAUCCUUCAUCAACGACGCGACCGGUCAAGCCGUUCUGGCCGUGGACGUGAGCUACGUGGACGGUUUCACGGUUCCGAUGGUGUGCGAAUGCAACAACCAGGUGGUCCUGGGUUGCAAUCUAGAUUUGCACGAGGUGUGCCCGGACAACCUCAAGGUAAACGAAAAGACAUGCGCAAACCCUUACCGGGAGCAAUCUGGCCGUCCUGGCGACGCCAAUAUCUUCAAGGACUGCGAAAAGAUGGCGUAUACGUAUCCCACGGACGACGAGGCCACUAAAUGGAACAUCCCCGGAUGCAGUCGCAACCUUAUGUGCUGCAUAGGGACAGCCUGCAAGAACCACCCGGGCCAGGUUAAAUGUCCCGGUGCAGUUGGCCAGACGCAGCCCUGUGGCGGCUCGUAGGAAGUUUAGUGGGUUCGGACUGGGCGGGUUCCCAGGGUGAUUAUGGGGUAGACAUGUUAGGCGCACAAAGCAUCGAAAUUCGAGAAUAAAUAUAGCGUCAAUUUACCCAGAUGAUGAAACUUCUCGUAGCUCCCCCGAUGAAUUCAUAGGUGAAACCCUACUCCUUGGUUGUUUUAUUACAUAACAACAAUCCACGCAACUCCAUAUCAAUAAUACGAAUCUCAAAGCA